GAGAAAAAUAGGAAUGAUCGAAAUCCCAAAAUAUUGGGGCGCGAGAAAGAGGUGAAAUGGCGGGAGAAGGAUACAAAAUCACUCACUCACUCGCUUCAAUUAAAACACACAAAAUUCAAAAUCUUCAUUUUAAUUUCAAUUGAAACUCUGAAAUGGAAAAGGAAUCUAUGAAAAAGUGUUGGAGAAAAGAAGUAGAUGAAAAUCUUCAAAGAUUACACUCUCUCUUGUUCGGCGUUGAACGUGCCCUAGAUCAACAGAAUUGCGAUUUCUCUACCGCUUAUAUUCUCUCUCUUCGUCUCAUCGGUUUCAUUGAUUCUCGUUCUCAAUCAGAAAUCGAUCAAGCUUUUCUUCAACAGACUCGUCGUCAAGCUUUGACCUAUCUUCAUACUGCUAAACAAUCUCUCACUCCUCUCAUUGAUCGCCAAGCUUUUGAGCAAGUAAAGAGGUCUCCAGGACCCAUUUUUAGGUCAACAGGAGAUAUUGACAUUGACAAGAUACGGAAUUCUAAAUACUUUCAAGCUCUUCUUAAGCCAUCUAAAGAAAAAGAUUGCAAUCAAUUGGUUGAUCAACUGGGGAAGCAAAACAAUACAGGCAAAGAAGCAUCAAAGGAAGUGGUGCAAACAAAGUUAACAUCAAUAUAUGGGAAAAACAGCUUGAGGACUAGUAAUGGUUCCAAAAGUUUUUUUAACUUGAAAAAUAACAAUUCUGAGGACUGUAUAAUUAUUGGAAGGCCUCAAUCACAUGGCAUCCAUACAAAGAGUCCUGUUGUCUCUUCUGUUUUUGAAGUCGAAGGAGAAGGAAUAGCUCGUGGAAACACGUUUCCGACAAAACGUGCACACGUGGAAAAUACUAGCCCCAGAGUUGGUUAUGUCAAGUCACCUUCAAUCAAGGAGGAAGUUAAUCCUGAUGUUGCGGGCAAUGGGUUUGUUACUGCCAGAGCAAAGUUGGAAAUGGAUGUAAAGCAAAAGCAGGGUGCAAUUGGUUCACCCAGUGCACCUGUCUCACCACAAUGCGACAACAAUCCUGCCAACAGGCUAUAUGGUGGGAGAUCAUAUGGUGUUUCACGACGUGGCAUCCGUGGUAAUUUUGUCCCCCCUAUUAAAUCCAAUGGGAGCAAUACUGGAAAUAUGACUUCCCGAAUUGCUGGCAACAAAAGUGGUGAUUCUUUAGAUGAGUCUACAAAGAAAUGUUUGGAAAUGCUGUAUGGUCCUGACGGUGAACUUCCUGAGAAACUAAGAAAUUUAGAACCUCGCCUCAUUGAACAUGUUAGUAACGAGAUUAUGGAUAAAGAUCCCAAUGUCCACUGGGAUGACAUUGCUGGAUUGGGCCAUGCCAAACGUUGUGUCAGUGAGAUGGUCAUAUUACCUCUGCAACGUCCUGACUUAUUUAUGGGCUGCCGUUCUCCUGGGAGAGGUUUGCUUCUAUUUGGUCCACCAGGAACUGGUAAAACAAUGGUAGGAAAAGCCAUAGCUGGGGAUGCAAAGGCAACCUUCUUUUACAUAUCUGCAAGCUCGUUGACUAGCAAAUGGAUUGGUGAAGGUGAAAAGCUAGUAAGAGCCCUCUUUGGAGUGGCCAGUUGUCGUCAGCCAGCAGUAAUUUUUGUUGAUGAAAUAGAUUCGCUCUUGUCUCAGCGUAAGUCAGAUGGUGAGCAUGAAGCAAGCAGAAGGCUAAAGACACAGUUUCUUAUUGAAAUGGAAGGUUUCGACGGUGGUAACGACCAAAUUCUGCUUAUAGGUGCAACAAAUCGUCCUCAAGAGCUUGAUGAAGCAGCACGGAGGAGACUUACCAAAAGACUUUAUAUUCCCCUACCAUCCUCAGAGGCAAGAGCUUGGAUUGCACGUAGCCUUUUAGAGAAGGACGGAUUAUUCAACCUAUCAAAUGAGGAAAUGGAUGUUAUAUGCAACUUAACAGAUGGUUAUUCUGGAUCAGACAUGAAAAACUUAGUGAAGGAUGCUUCUAUGGGUCCCCUGAGAGAGAAAAUAAGACAAGGCGUAAAUAUUGUAGAGUUGAAGAAGGAGGAUAUGAGGCCAGUAACUCUUCAGGACUUCAAAGAUUCCCUACAUGAGGUGAGACCUUCUGUUUCACCUGAUGAACUUGGCACUUAUGAGCAAUGGAACAAGAAAUUUGGAAGCAUGUCAGUUUAGAGGAUUAUUUUCUCAUUGUAAGGAAAUAAAUACUUAAGAGAUUUACCUUAAUACUUAAACAUCUUAGGUUGACAGAAUCAAAUUACCUAAUUAUUGCAUACAUUACAGAACAUUUGGAUGUUAUUGUCUGUGUAACUGUUGAUAUGAUAUAAGUAGUAUUGAAAAAGAAAAAAAGCUAACAAAGUCUUGAAUUAGAAAAAUGUAUCAUUGUUUAAAGAAAAUAUAAUGAAUUUCUGUGGUUAACUAGGUUCGAACU